AUGCUUGCAUACGAUGCAUUUGAAUUAAUAUUUGUCAAAACAAGUAGCAAUGCUUGUAGCACCGACCUCGUGAGUACUAAGUCGAUAAUGGGUUUCCUCGGACUACCAGCCUGGAGUAAAUGCUCAUUUCAACUAACGUCUUAUUUGGCCGAUGAUAUCCCUCCCAAGUCCAUUGUGGUGGAAGACGUGGUUCUUGACCAAAAUAUGGAUCGGAUGACUUCGAUGCCCGAAUCACCCAUUGCUCUUCUAGGGUUUGGGCCGAAUGCUUUCUCUAUCAAUCAACUGUUAGACAUAUCUUGUCCUGUGAUCAGCUUUAUACAAGUUGGUUCUUUUAGCUCCGCAGGAGUUAUACCCUCAGGAAGUGUCUCUUCUAGUCGAAAGCAUAGGCGGGUCCUUUCACCUGAUCAGUUUGAACAAUUUCUCUAG